AUGGAUUUGCUUGGUUCCUAUGAUAGCGAGGGUGAUUUGAGUGAUUCCAACUCUAAUGGCAAAAAUCAUACGAAUGACGCAACACAUUGUGAUAAGGAACUACAAAACACUGACUUAUCUCAUGCUGCAAGAAGCCUCUUAUUCAAUGCUUCAAAUGGGAAGAAUCUGGGACCCUUCAAAAAACACAAGGUUGAUGAUAUAACACUUUUGAAGACAGAUUUUGAUGAUUCUUCAACGAAGUUGAGCUCAAGAGUCCAUGCUGAAUAUUAUAAAUCAAAAAUAUCUGCGUCCAGAAAUCCCAAAGAUCAUGAGACCGCUGGUCAUGUUACAAAUACUGCUUUAAAAGGCGAAACUGUUUUAUACAGUGCCCCUAAAACCGGAGAGCUCUCGAUUUUAGGAGUUGAAAUCGGCUCUAGAACUUCUGAAUCUAUAAUAUUAUCGCAAUUUGAUAAUUUCACUCCAGAACUCGAACAAGACAAGCCUUCUCUCGAAGGGAAACAAGAUAAAACUUCUAAAGCACUAGUCAGAGAACAUGCUAGAAAUCAUGAAGAUGUUCUAGAAGUUAAUUACUCUGUGGAUCAUCCGUCGUAUAAAAGUGCAUCAUCAAUAGUACAGAACGCACUCGCAAUUACCGAGGGAAGAAGUAUUUUGCCACUCGCGUUUGAAAGUGUUGGGGGUGUAUAUAGUACACCAAGUGGAAUAUCCGAAAAAAUUUAUUAUAAUGAUGUUAGUUUUCAAAAUGAAAUUUUAAAGAAUGACUUGUUGAUUGCUCAGUCUCAUGAAGAUAGAAAUGUAGAUUUGAAGAGAAGGCGACGUUUAACACAAUCAGAGAUCCAUUCUGAGGACAUCUUUGGUCCUUGGAUUCCAUUUGAAGAGGGUGAACUUCCAGUUCCAAGUCCAGCUGUAUCAGAACCUACCGAAAAGGAAAAGGAUUCUGCAAAAACAAAAACCAGAGAUACUGGAGUUGCCUUACCCCGUGUAAACCCUAGCGACGCUUUAGAUAGGAACGAGGUUAUUGUUGAUGACGGAAAACAGCAUACAAAAUUCAACGGUAUUGUGGUAUCCACAUUUCAUAAAAAAAUUGACCCUGAUCGUACAUAUAGUUCAUGGGUUAUUCCACCUAAAAACGCAAAGGUUGCAGAUGUGAACACCUACAAGGCUGGACUGCCAAAACAAGAAAUACAUACAUAUGUCGGUCAUAGUAUGGCUGUGCAAAAAAUUCUCUAUUUUCCAAAAACAGGUCACUAUUUACUGUCAGCCUCUAUGGAUGGAUUUGUCAAAAUAUGGGACUCUAAUAACAAUCGCAGAUGUGUUCGUACGUACAAAGGACAUUGUAAGGGUGUAAGGGAUAUAAAUUUUGCUAGUGAUGAUGGUAACAGAUUUUUCAGCUGUGGAUUUGAUUCUACAGUUAUCCAAUGGGAUACGGAAUAUGGAAAAAUUACAGGAGUAUAUCCAAUUGAUAAAACUCCCUAUUGUGUUACUGUUCAUCCAACAGAUGAGAAUGUUUUUAUAGUUGGUGGUGAAAACAAGAAGGCUUGUCAAUUUGAUGCACGUUCUGGUAACAUUGUGUUAGAAUAUAGUGAACAUUUAGGAUGUGUAAAUACCGUCACAUUUAUUGAUAACAAUCGCAAAAUUUUAACAACGGCUGACGACAAGAAAAUGUUGGUUUGGGAAUAUAAUGUCCCUGUGGUUGUCAAGCAUAUUGGCAAUCCUUCAAUGCAUAGCGUUCCAGCUGUUGUUACACAUCCAAGUGAUAAAUUCGUACUAGGUCAAAGUAUGGACAAUCAAAUUGUUGUUUACGAGUCUUCUGGAUCUAGAUUUAAAUUUUAUGGAAGAAAAAAAUUUAGAGGUCACCAAAAUAGUGGAUAUGCAAUCAAACCUUCAUGCUCGCCUGAUGGAAAGUUUAUUGCAAGUGGCGACUCACGCGGAAAGAUAUUCAUAUGGGAUUGGAAAACCUGUAGAAGUCUUCAAACUUUAACGGGACACAAAGCCGUUACGAUGGAUUGCAAGUGGCAUCCCACCCAAACGUCCAGACUAGCAACUUGCUCUUGGGACGGUACAAUCAAACUGUGGGAUUAG